UUCAACGAUACAAACACUCCGUUUAUCUCCUUUGAUUAUUUACGUAUUUUCAUCGAGAUUUUUGCCAUUUGAUAUUGUAGUCGAAUGUUGUAGUAUCAGUGAAUCUCUCUCGAGAUAAGCUGAUUGCCUCGCGUAUGGAUUUGGUUUAGUUUCACGAAUUCCGAUGUUUGGCGAUUUCGAAAUAGAAAUAUAAAAAAUUAUUCGACAUGUCUUGGAACUUUAUCGACGACUAUACCGGCGACAGGUUCUUUCAUUUCGGGGACUCGUACUUCGAUAUGGACCAACUUAAAAUGGAUCAACAUUUUUUUACUGUCACACCGGCAAACUCGGACGUGAACAUAGACAACAUUUACGUUCAUACGUUAAACAAACAGUGCGUCGAAUGUCCGUAUUUGUUUUUAGACAAGUCGAAGGUUAACCUGACCGCGACUGAUCAAAAAUUUAGGAUAGCGACGAAGAAAAUGGAAUAUUUUCCGCAGGACCAUUUGGACUCGGUCAUUUGCGAUUUGGAUCCGCGUUUCGGACAAUUCGGAAUUUACAACAUUAAAGUGGCCAGCGAUGGCUGCGUGGUCGAUACAUUAAAAGAGCCCGUGAAUAUUUAUCUACCUAUUUUAACCGUAUUCGUGUCGAACCUGUUUGUUUUUGGGGUUAUAGCGUUAAUAUACAUAUUAAUUACACGGUAUAGAAGGAAAAUGUCGCCGACGCGAAAUGAAGAAGAUCCGAAACCGAAAAAACAACGAGUGGUCUCAUUAGAUACUUUCAGAGGAAUCAGCAUAGCUAUUAUGAUUUUCGCGAAUUUUGGAAACGGCGGCUAUCAGUUUGUGCACCACGCAAUAUGGAACGGAUUACACGUGGCGGACCUGGUGUUUCCAUGGUUCAUGUGGAUCAUGGGCGUGUGCGUUCCGAUAUCUUUGGUCUCGAGUUUCAAACGGAACGUACCACGCUGGGUUAUCAUGUCCAAUAUAUUGAAGAGGUCCGUGAAGCUCUUCGCUAUUGGAAUUUUUCUCACCGGAGGCUCUAAUAUGAAUUACAUACGAUUAUUCGGAGUCCUACAGCGGUUUGCAGUAUCCUACUUUGUUGUAGGUGCCAUUUGCGUAUUCACUAUGGACCGAGACCUCACCGUUAAAGCGAAUUCUAAAUUGAAAUUUAUCGAUGACAUUUUGAAACUUUGGAAAGGCUGGAUAAUCGUAUUGACGCUUCUAGGGGUUCACACAUCAAUAAUAUUUUUAGUGGCUGAACCUGGUUGCCCCAGGGGUUACCUCGGUCCAGGUGGUUUGCACAAGAACAGAAGCUACGAGAAGUGUAUCGGCGGAGCGACGGGCUAUAUUGACAGACUUCUUUUAGGCAACCACACGUACCAGAAACCCACUAUAUAUUCCGUUUACGAAGCCAAACCUUUUGACCCAGAGGGUAUCGUAGGUUGCCUGACAACAAUUUUCCACGUCUUCUUGGGCGUUCAAGCUGGCGUCACUCUUUUGGUGUUCAAAAAGCAUUCGGAUAGAAUUGUUAGAUGGUUGGGAUGGUCGGUUAUUCUUGGAAUAAUCGGGGGUGGACUGUGUGGGUUUUCCAAAGAGGACGGCAUCAUACCGGUCAACAAGAACCUCUGGUCGUUGUCUUUCGUUUUGGUGACGUGCUGUUUCGCGUUUUUCCUGCUAACGGUUUGUUACUUCUUAAUAGACGUUCGAAAGUGGUGGUCAGGAAAACCGCUGCUUUUCGCUGGGAUGAACGCCAUCAUUUUGUAUAUCGGACACGAAAUGACCGAUAACCAUUUCCCGGUUAGGAUGUACCAUUACGAAUACAAUGCAGAUGACUGGCGAAGGACCCACUUCGCAGCUCUUAGUUCGGACGUAUGGGCCGUCGACUUUUGGAUCGUAGUGGCGUUUUACUUGUAUAAGAUUGACUAUUUUUUUACUGUGUAAUAUACUAAUUUA